UUAACAGUUGUUUCGCUGCUUGCGAAUAAGAAGCGGAUAGCAAAAGCCACAAGAAGAAGAUCGAGACGAAGCAGCAGCAGCAAGAAAUAUGACAAAGAUGGGCGGAAAUUUGGCAGUGAUGCUGCCGCUGGUGUCGCUGCUUUUAAGCGCCACCUUUGCCACCGGCAACGGCAAUUCCAUACCGACGACCACAACGCCCCAGGGCGUUUUUGAGACCCGCACGGACAAGCUUCCCAGCGGAGCUCCGGUCCUGCCCUCCAGUGCAGCAGGCGGCAUCUACGACGACAUAGACACCUUUGUGCCCUUCAGGAGCGACUCGCAUGAUCCCUUCUCCUGGCACCUGCUCAAAACGGUGCUGCAAAACGAGACGGCCGCCAAGAAUGUGAUCAUCUCGCCGUUCUCGGUCAAACUGGUUCUGGCCCUGCUGGCCGAGGCAGCCGGAGCCGGAACCCAGACCCAAGUGGAGCUGGCCAACACGCAGACGGACAUUCGGUCGCAAAAUAAUGUCCGCGAGUUCUACCGCAAAACCCUGAACUCUUUCAAGAAGGAGAACCAACUCCACGAAACACUGAGUGUGCGCACCAAGCUUUUUACGGAUAGUUUUAUCGAAACCCAGCAAAAGUUCAGCGCCACACUGAAGCAUUUCUACGACAGCGAAGUGGAGGCUCUGGACUUCACCAAUCCGGAGGCGGCGGCAGAUGCCAUCAAUGCCUGGGCCGCCAAUAUCACACAGGGCAGGCUGCAGCAACUGGUUGCCCCGGACAAUGUGCGCAGCAGCGUCAUGCUGCUGACCAAUCUGAUCUACUUCAAUGGCCUGUGGCGCCGCCAGUUCGCCACCACCUUCCAGGGACCCUUCUUCCGCAGCAAGGACGAUCAGUCGCGGGCCGAGUACAUGGAGCAGACCGACUACUUCUACUACACCAACUCGGACAAGCUGAAGGCACAGAUCCUGCGGCUGCCCUACAAGGGCAAGAACUCCCUGUUCGUCCUGCUGCCCUAUGCUCUGGAUGGCAUCCAUGAUCUGGUCAAGAAUCUGGAGAACGACGAGCUCAAGGGCGCCCAGUGGGCCAUGGAGGAGGUGAAAGUGAAGGUGACGCUGCCCAAGUUCCAUUUUGACUACCAGCAGAACCUCAAGGAGACUCUGCGCAGUCUGGGCGUACGGGAAAUCUUCGAGGAUAGCGCCUCCCUGCCGGGAUUGACCCGCGGAGCCGAUGUGGCCGGCAAGGUGAAGGUGUCCAACAUCCUGCAGAAGGCCGGAAUCAAUGUGAACGAAAAGGGAACGGAGGCGUAUGCCGCUACGGUUGUGGAGAUCGAGAACAAAUUCGGCGGCAGCACCACCAUCGAGGAAUUCAACGUGAACCGGCCGUUUGUGUUCUUCAUCGAGGAGGAGUCCACCGGGAACAUACUGUUUGCCGGAAAAGUCCACACUCCCACCACCACCCAGAACUAAGCCUAAACAGGCGGUUUUAUCUUUAAAUAUGCAAUAAAAUUACAAACAA